AUGGAGCCGGCAUACUGGACGCGAAGGAGACUUGCUCUCCCCAUCGUCUGUCCAGGAUGUGGAGCUUUUAGCCAGACCGUCGACUCAGACAGUGCUGGGUACUACGAUGUGAACAGAACGAAGAAGUCGGUGCAGAAGCAGAAAUCAGCCUUAGAAGAGAACGCGGUCUACCGUGCCGCCAUGGAACUCGAUACAUCCAUCGGCACAGGACUGGACGCAGUGCCUCAGACACCCUCAGAUGGAUCGAAGCCACAGAUAUGCGAUCGUUGCCAUGACCUACUCUACCACUCCCGUGGGACGUCGAUUCUCCAUCCUUCCCUGCACAGUAUUCAGUCAAUCAUCGAAGAGAGUCCACACAAGCACAACCAUAUCUACCACAUCCUGGACGCCGCCGACUUUCCCAUGAGUCUGAUUCCCAACCUACAAUAUGCUCUGGAUCUGCCUCGUUUACGAACCAAAAACCGAAGAUCAAAGUUAACCCGCUAUUCCCACGGCAGAGUAGCAGAAGUCUCCUUCAUCAUCACUAGAUCUGACUUGCUGGCACCGAAGAAGGAGCAGGUGGACACGCUCAUGCCAUACUUACAGGGUGUACUGCGGGAUGCGUUAGGUCGUUCGGGAAGGAACAUAAGGCUUGGCAACGUCAGAUGUGUUUCCGCGAAGAGAGGGUGGUGGACUAAGCAGGUGAAAGAAGAGAUCUAUGAGAGGGGCGGUGCUGGGUGGAUGGUGGGAAAGGCGAAUGUGGGAAAGAGUGCGCUUGUUGAGGUUGUAUUCCCAAAAGCUAGGGGUGCUUAUGCUGCAAGCGCCAGUACGGGAAGUCAAAGAGAGACAGAGGAUGAAUUGAAGGAGUCGAGCUCGGUCGAAGCGCAAGAGAAUAUUGAUGCGAUCAACGAUGCUCUCACUGCAGAUUCGCCUGGUGAGCUGGCGGAGGGAGUACGAGCAGAUAACAGGGUCGAUCAGCCGUCUCCCGAAACCGCCUCCUCAACCUACAAACCACCACGGGAAGAGCCGCAAGACGAUGAAGAGGAGUUCGACCUCAACGACAACGACUCCCUCCUCCCGCCACCGCAAAAGGAAACACCGUACCCACAUAUGCCACUGGUCUCCUCCCUACCAGGCACAACCGCGUCGCCCAUCCGCCUCCCAUUCGGUACAGGCAAGGGCGAGCUCAUUGACCUACCUGGUAUCGACCGCUGUGCACUGAUCACCCACAUCGAACCCUCACAUCACAAAGAAAUGGUGAUGAAACACCGCAUCACUCCAGACCAACUCGUCAUACGACCAGGUCAAAGUCUUCUUCUCGGCGGCCUAAUAAGAAUUACGCCUGACCUACCGGAUAACAUAGUCAUGCUCGCCUACCCCUUCGUCCCAGCGGCUUUCACCCCACACGUCACAGGCACGCACAAAGCCAUAGCCAUCCAGACAGGAGUCCACUCGGAGCAAAGCUUCGGCCGCGAAGGUCAGGUCUACGAAGGCAACGUAUCUACCAUCGCCACACAGGAGGCAAAGGCUACCAUGAAGCAGGCAGGCAGGUACGAGCUAGAGUGGGACGUGACGAAACGUCGCGCCGGGCCACUCACGGACCGUACGGCGGGCAAGCAGAAGGCGGGCGAUCUUCCCUUUACAAUCUACAGCGCCGAUAUCCUUAUCGAGUCCGUAGGUUGGGUUGAACUGGUGUGCCAGGUGCGGAAACGUGCUGGCGAAGCACCUCCUGGGCCUUCGGAUGCUCUAGGGCCACUGGACGCGGAGCCAGAACAGGGCGACUCGACUUUUCUUGGUGGGCUUGAGGCGGGGAUGUACCCGAGGGUAGAGGUCUAUAGUCCUGAUGGCGCUUUCGUGGGUAUGAGAAGGCCUAUGGGUGCCGCGAUGCUGAAUGAGAAGAAAGUUGCUGUUCAUGCUAGGAAGGGGAGGCCGAGGAUGAGUAUCGGGAUGGUUAGGAGGAGGAGGGGCGGUGGGUUGGUAGAGGCUUAG